AUGACCUGGCUUCGCGUUGGAGCCCCAAGAGCUCUGGCCAUCUUCAUGAUGGUCCUGCUGGUUUAUGGAGAACUGCAGAUAGAGUCAAAGGGACAGCACAGAGGUGAGGCCGCCGGACAGCAGGUCAGGAGAAGACAGAAGCGGGAAUGGGUGAAAUUUGCAAAGCCCUGCCGGGAAGGAGAAGACAAUUCGAAAAGAAACCCAAUUGCCAAAAUCACGUCAGAUUUCCAAGCAACACAAAAAGUUACCUAUCGCAUUUCUGGAGUGGGAAUUGAUCAGCCUCCCUUUGGAAUCUUCGUUGUUGACCAAAACACUGGUGAUAUUAACAUAACAGCCAUAGUUGAUCGCGAGAAAACCCCAAGCUUCCUGAUCACGUGCCGAGCUGUAAAUGCCCUGGGGCAAGAUGUAGAGAGACCACUUAUACUAACAGUCAAAAUUUUAGACAUUAAUGAUAACCCUCCAGUAUUUUCACAAAAGAUAUUUGAGGGUGAAAUUGAAGAAAACAGUGCUUCAAACUCACUGGUGAUGAUCCUGAAUGCCACAGAUGCAGAUGAACCAAACCACUUGAACUCCAAAAUUGCCUACAAAAUCGUCUCCCAAGAACCUGCAGGCAUGCCCAUUUUCCUUAUAAGCAGAAACACAGGGGAAGUCCGCACUUUGACCAAUACUCUUGAUCGAGAGCAAAUCAGCAGCUACCACCUGGUUGUGAGCGGUGCCGAUAAGGACGGAGAAGGACUGUCAGCUCAAUGUUCCUGUAGCAUUAAAGUGAAAGAUGUCAACGAUAACUUCCCAGUGCUCAGAGACUCUCAGUAUUCAGCACGUAUUGAGGAAAAUUCUUUAAAUUCUGAGUUACUCCGAUUUCAAGUGACAGAUUGGGAUGAAGAAUACACGGAUAAUUGGUUGGCUGUAUAUUUUUUCACCUCUGGAAAUGAAGGGAAUUGGUUUGAAAUUGAAACAGAUCCCAGAACCAAUGAAGGCAUCCUGAAGGUGGUUAAGGCUCUAGAUUAUGAGCAAAUGCAAACCAUGAAAUUUAGUAUUGCUGUCAGAAACAAAGCCAAGUUCCAUCACUCUGUGAUCUCUCAGUAUCAAGUGCAGUCAACUCCAGUCACAAUUCAAGUCAUCAAUGUCCAUGAAGGAAUUUCAUUCCAUCCUGCUUCCAAGACAUUUACUGUGCAAAAAGGCACAAGUAUUAACAAAUUGAUUGGUUAUAUCUUGGGAACAUAUCAAGCCACGAACGAUGACACCGGUAAAGCAGCCUCAUCUGUCAGAUACGUUCUGGGUCGUAAUGAUGGCGGUUUGCUCGCUAUCGAUUCAAAAACUGCUCAAAUCAAAUUUGUCAAAAACAUCGACCGAGAUUCUACAUUCAUAGUGAACAAAACAAUCACAGCCGAGGUUCUGGCCAUAGAUGAAAAUACUGGGAAGACUUCCACAGGCACAGUACAUGUCGAAGUGCCCAGCUUCAAUGAAAACUGCCCAUUGGUUGUCCUAGAGAAGGAAGAGAUCUGUAGUUCAUCACCUUCCGUCGUUGUCUCAGUGAGAACCCUGGAGAGGGGCAGAUACACUGGUCCCUACACCGUGUCACUGGAAGAGCAGCCUCUGAAGCUGCCAGCCAUGUGGAAUGUCAGAACCCUGAAUGAUACCUCAGCAGUCCUACGGGCCCAGCAACAGGUGUCUCCCGGAGUGUACAGUGUCUCCCUCGUUGUGAAGGACAAUCAGGGUGUACAGUGUGACACACCAGAGACUUUGACUCUGACUGUGUGUCAGUGUGACGAAAGGAGCAGGUGCAGAGCCCCCAACCCAAGCAGAGGGCCUUAUAUCACACACAGGGAGUCAUCCUGGAGGCUGGGCCCUGCUGCCAUCGGCUUGAUCCUGCUGGGACUUCUGCUGUUGCUGUUGGCUCCCCUUCUGCUGUUGACCUGUGACUGUGGGACAGGUCCCAUCGGAGGGGUGACAAGUGGUUUCAUCCCAGUGCCUGAUGGUUCAGAGGGAACAAUCCAUCAGUGGGGAAUCGAAGGAGCCCAGCCUGAAGACAAGGAAAUCACAAAUAUCUGUGUUCCACCUAUAACAACCAAUGGAGCAGAUUUCAUGGAAAGUUCUGAAGUCUGUACAAAUACGUAUGCAGGAGGGACAGUGGUGGAAGGCGCUUCGGGAAUGGAGAUGACCACCAAGCUGGGAGCAGCCGCUGGAUCGGGAGCUGCUGCGGCUCUUGGCAUCUGCUCCUUGGGGCAUUCGGGAACGAUGAGAACGAGGCAUUCCACCGGAGGCACCUUGAAGAACUAUGUCACUGGACCAGUGAACAUGGGCUUCCUGGAUUCAUACUUCUCUCAAAAAGCAUUUGCCUGUGCGGAGGAGGAGGAAGAGCAGGAUACAACCGACUGUUUGCUGAUCUACGAUGACGAAGGCAGGGAUGAGGCCUCCUGUUCUAUGGAUGACAUCAGCUCUUGCAGCUUCAUUGAUGACGACCUGGAUGACAAUUUCCUGGACUCACUUGGCCCCAAAUUUAAAAAGCUUGCAGAGAUAUGUCUCAGGAUCAAUGACGAAACCCAGCCAGCUCAGGCAGCCUCUAGAGACAGUGGUCCUGGGGCUGAAGCCUGCUCCAUGGAAGUCCCCCUGUCAGGGCCUAACAGGAGCCAGACUUUGCCUGGCAGUCAAGGUGUUUCUGGGCCUGUCCAGUCUGGGUCUGUCCACCCCACCAUUGUGAUCCCCGACCCUCUACAGCAUGAUAACUACACACUCACAGAGACUUACGCAGCUUCUGGUACCUUUGUGCAACCCACCACUGCAGCUUUUGAUCCACGUCUCACCCAGAAUGUCACAGUGACAGAGAGGGUGAUCUGCCCCCUCCCUAGUGUUCCUGGCAGCACAGCUCUUCCCACAGAGCUGCGAGGUUCAUACAGCAUGCUCUACACAAAGGAGCUUUGUUCCCAUCUCUGA